AUGUCUAUUUCAUGUGCAGCUGGUUUAAGUGAAAAGAGAUCUAAAGAUAAAGUCAAUCCACUUCUUUAUGCAUGUAUUCAAGGAGAUCUUCAAUUAGUAAAAUCUCUUAUAGAAGGAGGUUGUGACAGAGAUGUAGUUUCUGGUUCUGAUUUUAAUGCUUUAAUUGAAGCAUCAUUUUAUGGACAACUUGAAAUUGUAAAAUAUUUAAUUGGAAUUGGAUUUAACAAGAAUUGUAAAAACAAAUCAGAUGGCGCUAGUCCAAUAUUUGUGGCGUCACAAGAAGAACAUCUUGAAGUUAUUAAAUAUCUUAUAUCAAUUGGAGCUAAUCCAAAUAUAAAAACCGAUGAGGGAAUUACUCCACUAUACAUGGCAUCACAAAAAGGUUAUUUUGAAAUAGUUAAAUAUCUUAUAUCAAAUGGAGCUAAUCCGAAUGAAAAAAAUAAUGAGGGAUUUACUCCAAUCCUUGUUGCAUCACAAAAAGGUCAUCUUGAAAUAAUUAAAUAUCUUGUUUCAGCUGGAGUUAAUCCUGAUCAAAAAUUUGAGAACGAAUUUUCUUCAUUAAUUAUGGCAGCAGCUAUGGGUCAUCUUGAAGUAGUUAAAUACUUCAUUAAAUGUGGAUGCAAUAAAAAUGAUAAAACAAUAAAUAAUGAUUCAUCACUUCAUUGGGCAGUGAAGCAAGGACAUUUCAAUGUUGUUGAAUAUUUAGUUUCAAUUCGUGUCAAACUUAGUGAUGAAAACGAUGAUGACGAAACUCCACUUGACAUAGCAAAAGAAAAACAACACGAGAAUGACAACUACAGAAAGAUUAUGAAACUUCUUAUUAAGUCAGGCGCACGAUAA